UUAACCUUGAUCAUUAAUUUUAUUGUUUCAACAAUAUUUUAUGUGCAUGUAUAUAACAACACGUUUGAUGUUUUGUGAACAAGUACACAGCUAAUAUAGAAUAGAAGAGACAUUUUCAUUUCACUGAAUUCAAUUCUAUUUCCUUAAAUUCAAUUCCAUAUCCUGUUUACUACUUCAAUUGGAAUUCAAUUCAAAAAUUCUGAAUUGAGCCCAACCCUGUUUCCUAUGGAAGAUUGACAGUAUAAUUUAAAACAACUGAAAUUCCCAUUAGGGUCAGCAUUCUCUGAUGUGACCCUCCAAACAUCUUUGAGGUACCAUUUGAAAGUUCGCAUUUCUAUUGUGUUGUCAUUUUAGUACAUUUAACAGACAACAUGACUCCCACCCUGUAUUCAAGAGCAUGCUGAAUUGAGCCCAACCCUGCUGUGUAUCUCUUCCGGGAGGAAAUCACAAGUGUACCCCAGACCAACCCCACAGAUUGUGACAUCAGACUGCGAUGGAGAAUUCUGCCCAACAGGGGGUGACCUUGCCACCGAGGGAGAACAUACAGCCGUUACUCAGAGGAGCAAGUCAGUAGGAGUCAGGGAGAAACUCCAAUCAGAGCUGAGAGGGAAGUGCGCGUCAUUGUGUGAUGGAACCCCAGCAGGACAAGAGGUGCGGAGCCAGUGCUUCACACACUCCUAUGUGGAACUCCUCAUCACGACGGCAACAUCCAAUGGCACAACGAUAGGUAUGCUGCCACGCGAACCGUAAGGUCACCAUCAGAUAUGCCCACUGCUAAUGAGGAAGCAUCCGAUAUCUCUGGAUUGGCCUCAAGUAAAAAACGUCCUGAUGAAGGGACCCGCAGGCUCACGGAAGAUGGCAAUUGUCCAGAAGUUUGUCUUUAACUGGGCCGAGGACAGAGCCAAUCAGGAAGUUGACUCCUUGUUUGUCUUUCCCUUCAGUGAACUCAAUUGGCUAAUGGACCGGAGCUUCAGUCUGUGUGGCCUCAUCAGCCACAUCAGCCACUUUCACUCGUCCAUGACGUCGGAGAACGAGAUCCCUGGUCUGGAUCUGAGUCGGUCUAAAGUGGACUUCAUCUUGGACGGUUUGGACCAAUUCAACCUUCCCCUGGACUUUGAAAGCAUAUCAGUGGAGUCUGACAUCAAUAAGGAGAUGCCUUUGCCCAUCCUCCUAGCGAACCUCAUCUGGUGUCAGCUGCUUCUUCCCUCCGCCUACGUCUGGGUGAUCACCAGGCCUGCGUCCGCCAGUUUCAUCCCCAUCGACGUACUCCCCCAACAACAGUGCUUGACCGAGAUGAGGGGCUUUGACGAAACCCAGAAGAGGGAGUUCUUUAGAAAGAGGUUUGGCGAUCAGAGCCUUGUGCACAAAGCUAUCUCCCUAGUCAUGAAAGCUAUUGCCCUAGAGUCAUCACGGAACCUCUGCGUCCUGUAUCAAACACUGUUGUGCUGUGAGAUGUUGGCGGCCAUUUUAGAAAACACUGAGGCGGGAGUGUGUGUCGAGCUAGACACUCUGACGCAACUGUACACUCACUUUUUGCUUGUUCAUAUCGGUUUGAAGAACGAUCGAAAUGGUGAACACUCAGAAUCAAUCAGAGAGGUUGUUCGUAAGCUUGGGAUGCUGGCUUUUCUACAACUGGAAAGAGGAAGCAUCAUAUUCAGCGAGAGUGAUGUGAUGGAACAUGGAAUCGACGUCUCCAAAAGUUCCAUAUUCCAGAGGUUGUGUAGGCCGCUCAUCGCAGGGUGUGAGAUGUACCUGGAGGAAAUGUACCGCUUUGCGUACACAGGCAUUCAAGACUACCUAGCUGCCCUGCACGUGUUUCUCACCUACACAAAUAAAAGGAGAAAUCUACUACUCCAACCUACUACACUCUUUGAUCAAUUGAAAGGGACGUUCAGGAGAGCAACCCUUUUAGACCUCCACAGAUGCUCCGUGGACUGGGUUUUACGGAACAUGCACGGAAUUAUGAGAUCUUCCUCUGCUUCCUCCUUGGCCUCUCAACAACACCCAACCAGACUCUCUUAGAUCUAGCAUGUCUAGGGAAAGGUUUAAAGGUCACAGGCUCCAAGGUGAUCACAGAGAUCACGGCGGAAUACAUUAAUUAAGCAGGCGAUCAAGUCUGAGCCUUACCUUCAGACCACCGUGGCACUUUUCCGAUGUCUGCCGGAGCUAGGGGACGCCUCGCUGGGCAGGGAGGUCCGACGCUACCUGACCUCCGAGUCCCCAGUGGGGGUUCCUGCUGGAGCCCGACCAAUGCUGGGAGCUGGCGGACAUGCUUUGGGCAGGCAGGGAGAUGGAGAGGGAAGUGUUUAUGGAGAUGGAACGUUUGAGUUGGAUGCGCCAAAUGAGCAUGUGGAGGAUGCAGACUGUACUGGGGGACAAACACUGGCAGGUCUACUAGAAAGACAUCAUUGCUGUAUGAAUGGUCUAUUAGGGAGACAUCACCACAGAUUGUACUGCCACAUCUACCAAAAUGCCAGUGCAGAGACUGUUGAGGGAUUUCGAGUUUAACUGGGAUAGGGGGACGCAAAUGUCCCACUCGGCCAAUUGCCAGGGAAAAUGCAGAGCGCCAGAUUCAAAUAAAAUACUAUAAAAUUCAAACUUUCAUUAAAUUACACAUGCAAGAUAGCAAAUUAAAGCUACACUCAU